GUGUGUGUGUGUGUGUGUGUGUGUGUGUGUGUGUGUGACACAGGUCCAGCCACCACAGCUGCCGAGGAACACUCGACCCACGUGACGUGUCACUGUUGCUAUUUGUGAGCCCAUGGCUCUGAAUGGCUUGAGCCGGUCAUGACUGUAACAUAGGCAUUUGAACGUGUGCUCCUCAGCUGAAACACUCGCCAUCAAAAAGAAGACACACACUUUGGAUAUUACCUCAGAUCUCUGGCAUUGUCAUUUUACUCGCUCACAGAUCUACGCUAAUGUUUUUGUUUUUUGAUGACUAAGUUUCAGUGAGUUGGGAAGUCCAAGUCUAGUUCUAGUUCCAUAGGCCUUCUAGGAUACUGCUGUGGUAGUAUUUCGGAACACAGAAACCCAGGAGUUUUUUCUUUUCUUUUGUCCAGGUGGACAGAUGAUCUAUGGAAUUUAUUGCUUGAAGGUUUAAAACGCCAGCUGAACGACUUCCAGCGACUCUACUCGACACCACUCCGCUUCGCUCCCAGCUGCCUGCAUGUGCUCCAGCUCCAGCACCAGCUCCAGCUUCUUGUUCCGGCUCCAGGUGGUCCGGUGACUAAGGUGUACAAGCAUCCAACAGGUGUCCCACGGAGGCCGCCAGCCAACCCUCCAGCCAGGAUCACCAUCACCAGCUGACGGCAGCCGGCUCUUAUAACUGGGAGCUAACUGGGGCAUAACUCACUUACAGCCUCGGCUUCAAGCCCUCCACACGCAAGCCCUCAGCUUUGUCCUUUCCAAGUUUGGCAGUAGGAGGGGGCUACUUUAAACCCCACACAUACGCACAGCAAAAAACUGAUUACUCAAGAAGAUUUCUAGAAAGUCCUGGCCUGGACUGAUUCAGAUUGUUUUGUUUUUUAAUAGCUGUUCUGCUGAAUAGUUGGGAUAGCUAUUGUCAGACUUGAGAAGGAAAGUUUUCGCAACUUUUUUUCCCCCGAACAAGUAACACCCCUGGAGCACUCCCCUGUUCCUCCCUUCCUCCUGGGAUUGUUAUUGUCAUUUUGUAUAUUUUGAAGCGAUUGCAGCUGUACGUGCGUAAGUCGCUAUGUUUCUCCAGACGUGUAAGGACAUCGGGAAGCAGCUCUUGCGGGUGAAGGUGGUGGACUGCAGUGCCACCGAGUCGCGUUUGGCGCGAUGCCUCAACACCUUCGACCUGGUGGCGCUGGGGGUGGGCAGCACGCUGGGCGCCGGCGUGUACGUGCUGGCGGGCGCGGUGGCGCGGGAGAACUCGGGCCCGGCCAUCGUCUUGUCCUUCCUGAUCGCGGCCCUGGCCUCCGUCAUGGCGGGCCUGUGCUAUGCCGAGUUUGGGGCGCGCGUGCCCAAGACCGGCUCAGCGUAUCUCUAUAGCUACGUGACCGUGGGGGAGCUGUGGGCCUUCAUCACCGGAUGGAAUCUCAUCUUGUCCUACAUUAUUGGGACGUCCAGUGUGGCUCGAGCCUGGAGUGCCACGUUCGAUAGCCUGAUCGGCAAGCACAUUGAGACCUGGUGCAGGGAACACAUGAACAUGAAUGCCCCGGGAGUGCUGGCAGAGUACCCAGACAUGUUUGCAGUGCUUAUCAUCAUCACACUCACUGGUCUGCUGGCGUUUGGUGUGAAGGAGUCGGCCAUGGUGAACAAGGUGUUCACCUGCAUCAACGUGCUGGUGCUGCUGUUCGUGGUGGUGUCCGGUCUGGUCAAGGGCUCGAUGAAGAACUGGAACAUCGACCCAGAAGAGGUCUUCAAUCAGACUUAUGUGAAUGCAACGGGUGCUCUGCCGAAGCCAGAAGAGGUUGGCAAGGGAGGCUUCAUGCCGUUCGGCAUAAGCGGGGUUCUGUCCGGUGCGGCGACCUGCUUCUAUGCCUUUGUGGGAUUCGACUGCAUCGCCACCACAGGUGAGGAGGUCAAGAACCCCCAGCGUGCCAUCCCCAUUGGCAUCGUGGCGUCCCUUCUCAUCUGUUUCCUGGCGUAUUUCGGCGUGUCGGCGGCCCUGACCAUGAUGAUGCCCUACUACCUGCUGGACAAGAACAGCCCUCUGCCCGUGGCCUUCACCUAUGUGGAGUGGGGCGGUGCCACCUACGCCGUCGCCGUCGGCUCCCUCUGUGCCCUCUCCACCAGUCUGCUGGGCUCCAUGUUCCCCAUGCCGCGUGUGAUCUGGGCCAUGGCUGAGGACGGCCUGCUCUUUAAGUUCCUGGCUAAGAUCCACCCCAAAUCCAAAACCCCCGUAAUUGCAACGCUAACCUCUGGAGUCGUGGCAGCUGUAAUGGCCUUCCUGUUUGACCUGAAGGAUCUGGUGGACCUCAUGUCCAUUGGCACCCUGCUGGCAUACACACUGGUGGCAGCCUGUGUCCUGGUACUCCGGUACCAGCCAGAGCAGGUGAGCACGGUGCUGCCGUACCAGGCGGCGUCCCAGGAGGAGGCUGAGGCCGACUCCAUCUUGGAGUCCAGCAACGUCAUCCUGCCCCAGGAGAACUUCACGCUGAGGAACGCCCUCUUCCCCAAGAACACGGAACCCUCACGCCUCUCCGGCUCCGUCGUCAACAUCUGCACCAGCGUGCUGGGGCUGCUGGUGUGUGUGUUCUGCCUGAUCGCUGCGCAGGACACCCUGUUGGAGCCCUGGUCCAUCGCUCUGCUCCUCAUCCUGGCCCUCGUCUGCGCUGUCUUCACCGUGGUGAUCUGGCGCCAGCCACAGAGCAAGACCAAGCUCUCCUUUAAGGUGCCUCUGCUGCCUGUCCUGCCAGUGGUCAGCAUGUUCAUCAACGUGUACCUGAUGAUGCAGCUGGGCAGGGGGACAUGGAUACGCUUCCUCAUCUGGAUGGUUCUGGGCUUUAUUAUCUAUUUUGCCUACGGCAUCUGGAACAGUACCGAGGCCGCACUGGCCAAGUCCAACGCCAGCGCAGACAGCGCCCGCUUCGAGAAGAAGUCCUUCCUACGAGAGGAAGACCCUGAUAGAGAGGCAGAGGAGGAGGAGGAUAGUGAUCCUUGAGAUUAUAGCACCGACGACCCCCCUUCCAUCACCCUCCUCUUCAAACUACUUCAUAUCUGUUUCCCAACCUGAGUGUCACCCAUCCCAUUGGACUCUAUGGUAUGUUGUGUUAAAAAAAACAAGCACAAGAAAAAAGUUGUGUUUCAACUACAGGACAUGUUGGGAAUGGAGGACAGUGACACGUCAGAUACAGUAGCCCUCCACCUCCGUCUCUCUGACUCCGCUCGCCUCUACAACAGUGUCACACCCCCUGGCGCAUUGGACUCCUGUGUAACACAGUACAUUACAUUACAAUACAUUACUUUACAUUUCGCUGAGAUGACGCUUUUCAUCCAAAGCGACUUACUGUCAUUAUUUUUCAGGGUAUUGCCUACAGUCCCUGGAGUAAUGUGGGCUUUGGUGCGUUGCUCAAGGGCACCAACCAGCCAUGGAUGGAUGUGUAGAGAGAGGUCAGCUGAGAUUCAAACCUACAACCAUCAGAUUGAAAGACCAACUCCCUACUCAUUAGGCCACGGCUGCCCCUAGUAUGCAUUGCUAAUUCAACACUCAGAGAGUCAAUUCUAACACAUUUUAAGUGUCAGUCCUGCUCUCUGAGUUUUGAAUUAACGCUGUAAAAUUUCAGGGGUAUGGUGUUGUUAAAAAACAGAAACAAAUAAAAUGUGAUUCAAGUAGAUGUCAGGUAGGAGCACUUUAAGAAGGUCAUCUCCCACAGCAUCAUACCAAGACGCCUUUGUUAGCUCGGAUAUCCAGGCCACCUUCUUUAUUGAGCUAACACGAUCUUCCAUAUCCUGGUAUCAGAUACACCCCAUAUCAGAACCGUUCAGAAUUCACACCACCACAUCCGUCCCAUAGCUGGCAUAAAACCUGAAAACCUAUCCUCCGGAUGUCAGUAGAGUAGCCUCUCUAUAAAAGCUUGUUUCAUUAUUGUCAACGAGGCUGAAAAGGGAUCUUUGUGCCGAAGGCGAAGGGGCCAACCGAACACCGUCUAGUACAGACCUGCAUCCUGUGGCCUGAUUGUACCAUCAGAGUAUAACACACAGCAACAUCUAUCAGUAUGAGCUACACCGUCCCACUCUGACCAAUUGUACUAUCACACACUAUAUACGUAAUCUAUCACACAACGUUAAGAAAAAUAAUUGUUAAAAAAUACACAAGCAAAUGCUGUGAGGUGAUUUGUCAUUAGAAUGUAGUGUGUAACAGCAGCAGAUCGUUACACAUGCUCUCACAUCCUCUGACAUGGAAAGAUUGCACUUCAGAGUAUGAUUCAUGACAAAAUCACACUGUGAUACUGUGCAAACAACAGUAACACGGAGACUACAUAGAGCGUAGGCAUCAUUGUAGAGCCAAUGGGAACAAUGUAGAACCAAUGGGAAUAUUGUACAACCAAUAGGGGUAAGCCAUUGAGAUGUACCCCUCUACAGUAUAUCAGGGACAACUGCUGCUAUCAUUAAGUAAUUACAUAAUUAUAAAGUAGUACUGAUUAGGUUGUUUACAGAAGAGUUCUCUAUAAAUUAGUGUAAAAAUAGAUAGCAGUUAGACUGUUUAUAACUUAAAUGUAUGUACUAUACGGUCAUAUAUGUCAUUUGACAACCCCCCGUCAUAGAUAAUUACAUGCAUUCACUGAUUGGCCGGAGGCAGGAGCUGCAUGAUGAAAGCCUGGAAAUUUUUUGCUUUGCGCUGCCCUCUUGUGGAGAAUGCAGAGUACAGUCGCAGACAGAAGAACCCUCAUUGUAUUUCCUAGCGUUCUGAAACUGUUACCUGUUGCUACCUGUUGAAGCUGGUGCUUUACUGAAUGCUGCUGUCCACCAUUUUGUUAUUGUAGACAUGUUACAUUUAGUCAAUAGAGGACCAUCUAAGAGCAAAGAAAAACGAAGUAGUCUUGCACUGUGGGUGUAGGAAACGGCUGCUGUAGAUGAACCUGAACUGUGCUGCAGGACUUUGUUACAGUUCAUAGUUACAGGACUUACAAGAGUAUGUCACUGACCAUACCUGUACAGUUGAAAACAAUGUUUGAACAACUCAACAACUUGAAAUGCAUAUUAUAUUGAAGCAGGUCACUGUUUGAUAAAAAAAUGUACCUAAUCGAUUGUCGUCUUUGGCAAUAAGACUUGUUCUAAAAUGUGCCUUCGUCCACUAGUAUGAUUUGUCUUUCUAAAUGCAGUCUUUGAUUCUAUGAACUCAAUACUACUAGUGGUACCUUCGAAUGCUGGAUAAAUUAAGGGAAUGUACCAUGUCUUAUUGGCAUUUAGUUAAUGCACAGUGGAAAUUUAAAAAUUUUAUAGAUUGAUGUUUGUAAAGACAUGUAUGUGUUGCUCAUGUAUGUCAACUAAAUUAUUUGGUUUAUUUUAAAGUGUGUAUAUGUUUGAGUAACAGUCAGUGCCGCCACACAAUCUGAGAAUCUGAACCAUGAAGUAAAUGAAAGGGCAUGAUGGUCAUGUCCGCCCAGAGGUGAUCAAAUUAGCCUAGAGAAAGUAAGCCCUGCUAAUAUUGCCACAGCGUGUGAUUUCCUCAUACUUUAGUGAUUCCAGUCACUAAUUGAAAACUCUCCAAACGUAUUUGAAUUUAAAUAUGGCUGAAGCAAAUAUGUACCAGGGCUUUUGCUUUGGGAAAUCCGGGAAGUGCACCGCUACUACACAGAUUCUCCUGCUCUGGACCACAGCUGUUGACCUUCACAUCAUUUUGAGAAAAACACAAGCUGUUAUCUGCAGAGCGCCCAUUUUGGCAGGGCAGAUAAUGAGAAGACAUAGGUGGGCUACUUUUUGUGAGAUCUUGUAAAAUGUGGCAGUAUCUACAAAGGUCACACACAAAGGGGAAACAUACUGUAUUAUAUUGUAAGAGAAAAACAUUAAGAACAUUAUUUUUUUCUGGAGUGUCAGAAAAAAACGAUAUAACUCCCACACAUUGACAAACUUUAUUCACAAUGUUACCCAAUUAAGGUCUAGACAUAACGAUUGAAGUUAAAAGAAAAUUUGUCAGUGCAGGAGUUAUAUGGUGUUUUGUUCUUCUUCACCGACCUGUGGGUCACUUCCAACACACCUGCCAGCUAAGGUGUUUAAAAAAUAAUGUUAUCCUCAGUGUCAACCAAGGGGCUCUGUUCUUGUCACACAUCAGGUGUUGAGGUACUCAGUAUGGUGUUUUGCGGCAUUUCUUCCAGCACACGUUGAAACUUUUCUCUUGACGUGCGGGGAAUGUACUGUACAUAUGAGUUGUUCCUAUUGUAUAUUUUGUUUGUUUAUUUGUUUUGAAAUGUGUAUGUGCUGUACAGUGCCUCAGCUUUUGCCUUUGCACUAAUGGUGAGCCUGUCGAUUUGUGUGCAUGGGAGCUUUGUCUUGAGACUAGGGGGGUAUUACAAGAACAUAGUUCAGUGAUAAACCUGGCAAAGUAAACCCACAGGAAGUGGCAAACCUCAUAAUGUUUAGGCUACAUGUGUCAUUUAGCUAAGCAAUUGAGGACUCUAGGCUCUCCUAUUAGGUGAUUUACCACAACCCCAAGGUUAACAGGAUUGCUACUGAAUACUCCCCAGGUUGUCUUCUCUAAGGUUUGACUAUUUUGUGCUUCGCGUGGGUCUUCAUUUUACUUUUUGUUGUCCAAGUUGCCUUGUCCUUUUAUGCCAUGCGUUAAAAUAUAGAAAUGGGUCUGUGCAUGGCAAAGAGUUGCAUUUGGUACCAUAAUUCUUGACCUUGUUACCUUAAUCAUAUUACACAGUACUCAAUAGCCGUGUGUGUGUGUGUGUGUGUGCGUGCGUGCGUGUGUGCCUGCGUGCAUGCUUGUGUGUGCGUGUGUGUGUGCGUGUGUGCAUGUGUGUGUGUGUGCAAGCAUGAGGGUGUUAAUGUGUAUGAUUGUGUACCUUGUAAAUGUAUGUAAAUAGUGCAAAGAACUGUUGAAAAUGUAACCAGAUCAAAGCAAAAAAAAAUCAUUAAGAAAGCCUCAUUAGGAAGGUUGUUUUGCUUUUGUUUUUAUUAGUCAUUUGUGAUCACAAGUCACCAAAGAUUGUUACACCCUCUGUCCCUUUAAAUAUAUAUUUUCAAAUGUCAUGAAUCAGCUUGUUUUGGACCAUUUCAGAUGUCACAUUCAUUUUGUUCUUUUGCCGUACUUGUUGUUUACUGUUGCUUUUCACUGCUGUAAAUAAACAAAUCAUAUGCUA